GUGUCAACUUGGUGCUUAUGGUGUGUCUGUGAGCCAAGUGGAGGGCCGACAGCGCCUGUCCCUGCCCUGCAGCUGGUGUCUGAGAGCACAGGACCUGUAAAACCUGUACUCAAAACCUGCACAGCUGGUUUCUUUUUCUUUUUCUUUUUUUUUUUUGAGACAGUCUUACUGUGUUGCACUCAGAGAGUGCUGUGGCGUCUUAGCUCAUAGCAACCUCAAACUCUUGGGUACAAGUGAUUCUCUUGCCUCAGCCUUCCAAGUAGCUGGGACUGCAGGCACCCACUACAAUACCUGGUUAUUUUUAGAGACGAGGGCCCCCUUUGGCUCAGGCUGGUCUCUUAACUUGUGAGGCUCACCUGUCUUGGCCUCCCAAGUGCUGGGAGCAUGAGCCAUCACGCCUGGUCGUGUUCUUCAUUUUUGAAGAUUUAAAAAUAUUUACGGCUUGAAUGUUAAAAUGAAGGGUUUAACCUGUUCUUUUUGUUGUAUGUAGCCCUCAUUAACUUCUUUUCUCCCUCACUGGAAACUGGUAAAGAGGCAGUGCUGGGGUCUGGGAGGUGUUUCGUUUUGGACACUAGUUUCUAUGAGAAUUGUGCUUUGUGUAAUGUUUUUAUUAAAAUCAUGAAGUGUCGAAGAGUUCAUAAGAUAUUUCAUCUGUUAACCUGCCUUUUCUGUGUGUUGGGACUAUCAUGUCCACAAUUUUUGAAACGAAAGGACAUCUCGGGCAAAGGCAGUAGAAAUAUUCUUGGAGAAGAGAAUAAUUUUGUUAAUGGAGAUGGUAUUUUAACUGCUUUUUGAUUAUAGUGAACAUAGUUUGUCCCCUGCGUCGUCGUCCUGCUGCCUGAUGGGGGCCUUCCUGUGUGUCCCCCGCACCACAGUGUCUGGUGCCGAGUGGCUGUCUGCUGUGAGGCUAUCUCUUGUCAGACUGUGCUGUGCGGCUCCUUAGGAGGUCAGGGUUAAACGUGUGCUGCUGAGGCCGUGUUGUGUUUUGACUCACUGAGGGGGAAACACAUCCUGGUUUUACUGUCUUCAUUGCCUGGAGCAUGGUUGAAGAGAUGCAGUCCCCAGGAGGGAAAAAGAAGAAAAGUUGUUUCUACAAGUAAUACAGGGUGCCAAGUGGAACCCCUGCCUGUCACAGGUUGGAAGAGGAGCAGUUCCCUGUCACGUGGGGUGUUCUAGGUGACUUCCAUUUUCAGGCCCUCAGGAUUUACACACAGGAAAAGGAGCUGCUUCAUGGCUACUACACGUAUGAGGUCACCGUGCAGCCUGCUUGCGGGUGCGAGGAGAUGGCCAGUGAGGACUUGGAGCCUAGUGAAGACCUAGAGCAGCCAGCAGUUGAGACGGUGGAGGACAGCGGGAGUGAAGAGGACAGUGAGGCGCUGGAGCUGAUCUCCAGCGAGGACCUGGAUGUCUCUAGUGAGGAUGAGGCCAGCGAGGGCCACAGCCGGGGCCAGGGCGAGCCCCUCAGUGAGGAGCUGGAGCCCAUCUCCAGCGAGGAGGAGGCCAGCCCUGGGGACGAGGGGGAGCUCAGCGAGGAGUGUGAGGAGGAGUAUGAGGAGCAGCUGCUGAGCGAGGAGGAGCACAGUGGGUCAGAGCUGGGCCUGCCUCUCCUGCCACAGUCAAGUGUCACAGGGGCUCUGGGCUCUUUUUACAAGAAGGCUUACUUUACCUAGAAUGCAUCUAGAAUAAAGAAGUUUCUUUUCCUAGUGCCUUGAUGCCAUCAUUGGUCAGGUGACCCUAGUUACCUUGGAGAGAGGACAGAGGAAACCAGAAAGGGGCAAUGUGUUCUGAAGCCCCAUGUGGGUGUCUCACCCUAUAGACCAGAGAGCUCAGAGACCCUGGAGCAGCAUUUUGUUCUCUCCUUUUCCUUGGGCUGUGGGAGGCUUAGAAAACUGAAACCUGUCAUGUUUUCAGUCCUGGAGGCUCAACCUGCAAGUGGGAGGUGCCACAACACACCCAGGCCUCUCCCAGCUGUCCCUCCCUGCAUUGCGGAUGGGUUUUCCCAGUGUUCUCAUACCACAUCUCCUCUGCGUGUGCGUGUGUCUAGAUCUCCUUGUCUGUGGUCUCUGAGCCUACAGUCCAUGCCACCAGGGCCAGUCACAAGUCUCUACACUUUAUAUUUUUCUUUUUUUUGAGACAGAGUCUCACUAUGUCACCCUGGGUAGAGUGCCGUGGCGUCACAGCUCCCAGCAACCUCCAACUCUUGGGCUUAAGUGAUUCUCUUGCCUCAUCCUCCCAAUUAGCUGGGACUACGGGUGCCCGCCACAACGCCCGGCUAUUUUUUUGGUUACAGCUGUUAUUGUUGUUUGGCAGGCACAGCCUGGAUUCAAACCCAACAGCUCAGGUGUAUGUGGCUGUCACCAUAACCACUUGAGCCACAGGUGCCGAGCCAGGACUCUGACAUCUUUUUUUAGGCAAAGCAAAGUUGGUUAGGUUUUUGUCCUAAUCUGUACUGUUUAGAAGCAAGCAGUGAACUUUGAAAGGGGAAAGAAGGAAAAGCCUUUAACAUCAGGCUUUUUGUUUUUUUUUAAGAGACAGAGUCUCGCUUUGUCACCCUCAGUGGAGUGCUCUGGUGUCACAGCUCACAGCAACCUCUAGCUCUUGGGCUUAGGCGAUUCUCUUGCCUCAGCCUCCCGAGUAGCUGGGACUACAGGCGCCUGUCAUAACACGUGGCUAUUAACGUUAGGCAUGUUUGUUUGUUUUUUUUUUUUUUUUUGGUAGAGAUAGAGUUUCACUUUAUGGCCCUUGGUAGAGUGCCAUGGCAUCAGACAGCUCACAGCAACCUCCAGCUCCUGGGCUUAAGCGAUUCUCUUGCCUCAGCCUCCCGAGUAGCUGGGACUCCAAGCGCCCACCACAUCGCCUGGCUAUUUUUUGGUUGCAGUUUAGCUGGGGCCGGGUUUGAACCCGCCGCCCUCUGUAUACGGGGCCGGUGCCUUACCGACUGAGCCACAGGCGCCGCCCCGGCAUGUUUUUUUUUUUUUUUUUUGUAGAGACAGAGUCUCACUUUAUUGCCCUCGGUAGAGUGCUGUAGCGUCACAGCUCACAGCAACCUUAAACUCCUGGGCUUAGGCGAUUCUCUUGCCUCAGCCUCCUGAGUAGCUGGGACUACAGGCGCCUGCCACAACGCCUGGCUAUUUUUUUUUGUUGCAGUUUGGCCAGGGCCGGGUUUGAACCCACCACCCUUGGUACACCCGGCUCCCUAC